AUGUCCAAAUCUCUCAGCAUAACCAUCUUUAUCCUCCUCUUGGUAGCUUCUAAUGUCCACUCAGCUAGACUUCUCGAUGAGGUCCAAACUCAGCCACAACUAGUCCCCAACACCCAAAUCCCCACCAUACCAGAAGAGGAGGAUGAUAGUCCACAAGCCGCCACAACAACAACUCCAACAACAACACAACCUCCAUUACCAAUUCCUCUCCCUCCAGGAGGACACGUGCCAAUCCUCGAGUUCUUCAUGCACGACGUGCUAGGCGGGUCACACCCAUCAGCACGUGUGGUCACGGGGAUAGUAGCACAAACAGAAGUAAACGGAAUACCAUUCUCCAAAUCCAGCAACAACAUUUUCCCAGUAGAUAACGCUGUCCCGCUUGUGAAUGCAAACAACAUCAACAAUCUAAUCAACCCAAACACAGCUCCACUCCUCACAGGGCUCAGUGGCUCUCAAGCCAACACCGUCAUCCAAAACUCUAACGGUAACUCCCAAGGAUCACUUAGCUCCAACAAUCUUCCUUUUGUAACCGCAGGUCAACUCCCUCCAGCAGCUGCUCUCCAGCAGCUCAUGUUUGGUACCAUCACCGUCGUCGAUGAUGAGCUCACUGAAGGCCAUGAGCUAGGCUCUGCGAUUAUUGGAAGAGCCCAAGGGUUUUAUCUAGCUAGUUCUUUGGACGGAACUAGCCAAACACUUUCCUUGACCGUGUUGUUCCACGGAGAGCAUGAUCAUCAUGACACUCUCGAUGAUGCUAUCAGCUUCUUUGGGGUCCAUCGAACGGCUUCUCACGCCUCGCAUAUAGCUGUUGUGGGUGGGACCGGGAAAUUCGAGCAUGCUAAAGGGUACGCUGUCGUGGAGACUCUUCACAACCAAGAAGACCAGCAUGUCACUGAUGGUCACGAUACCAUUCUCCAUUUCAGCAUUUAUCUUACAUACUACAAAGCUUGA